CUACUGCCACCUGCUGGAUGUCGGAACGGGAAAGUAAACCCGAACAUGGACGCCGAAAGCGAAAGUUUGCUCGAAAUUAUCCAACAAUAUUUUCAUGCAGGACACACAUAUGACGUUAUAGUCGACAUGUUGUCAACUAUUCACGGCAUUGGCAUGAGCGUUCGAACGCUGAAGACCUGCUUGAAAGAAGCUGGCUUCUUUAGACGCCGUAACUACUCCCCAAUAUUCGAGGUGAGGCGUGCAAUUCUGACCGAGCUUGAUGGACCAGGGCAACUAUUCGGAUAUCGGACUAUGUGGCAAGUCCUACAACAGAAACUUGGACUUCGUGUAAAACGUGACGUGGUAAUGAGGUUGCUCAGACAACUGAGCCCACAACGGACGGCUCUGAGGAGACGCAGGAGGUUCACACGGCGUACCUAUCACUCCAUGGGUCCAAACUAUAUAUGGCAUGUCGAUGGAUACGAUAAACUCAAACCAUUUGGCCUGGCUCUCUCUGGAUGCAUAGAUGGAUUUUCACGAAGAAUCAUGUGGCUUGUUUGUGGACCGUCAAACAACAAUCCAUCUGUCAUCGCUCACAACUACAUAAACUGCGUCAGGACUAUUGGUGUUGUUCCAAUGCGAUUACGAACUGACCUCGGAACAGAAAACGGAACAAUGGCAGCAAUACAAUGCACCCUCCGCCAUGGGCAUACGGACUAUUAUGCAGGCUUGUCCAGCCACAGUUACGGCUCAUCAACAGGGAAUCAGCGCAUCGAGUCGUGGUGGUCUUUUUUCAGAAGAGGAAGGUUGGUAAAUCUAUCAUUGAAAGGUGAAAUGUUUAUUGGUAACUGUAUAGUGAUCGACUGUGUUUGUCCACUGUUGAUUUUUCACUCCCAUGUCUGUCAUUGUGAGUAUUCACAUUAAAUAACAAACAGCUUUGCAUUAGCUUUAAUUCAGUGUUUCAAAUGUGUUCUUCAACUUUUUCAUAUGAAUACAAAGUGCAUAGAAAUGUUUCUACCGCCAAAAUGCAAUUAUAUCAGUGGCUGAAUACGUUUCCAGUCUGAUUUGUUCUGUGUGAAGUAAGUAACUUCAUGUCUAAUGUAUCCCCAGGUCUCAGUUUUGGAUGGACCUUUUUGGAGACCUGAGAGACUCUGGAUUUUUCAAUGGCAGCCACGAACACCAGUGUUUGCUGAGAUUUUGCUUCAGUAAAGUCCUUCAGAAAGACCUGGAUGAAUGCGUGGACCUGUGGAAUAAGCACCGGAUUCGUCCAAGCAGACCAGCAUCAUGUCCAGGAGGGAUCCCAAAUGAACUAUAUCUCUUGCCCCACAGGUAGUAAAGGUUUACAUCAGUGGUUCUCUCUAGUGGUCCUCUCCUCUCCUAUUCGUUCCUCUUCUUCCUCCAUGCUCUCCUCUCUCUCUCCUCUGCUUAUUCAAGGAGCAAAAGUUAGUACAAUCUUGUAUUUAGAGGCUCAGUCUCUGCGAUUGUUGAUAAAUGUUUCUGUGUAUCAUCUUUUUUUUCAGAUUUGGUUCAAGGGACUGUGGAUUAUUUGUUGAAGAUGCAGAGCUGGAUGUGUUUCCCGAGGCAAGACAAGAGAUUGAUUUUUACAGUGAUGCAGACAUUGAGGAAUACCUACAACAGGCUGUGGAACAAAACAGACUACAACAGCCACAAGACUGGAGGACAGCCUCAGACCUUUACACCACUCUGAAGCAAAUAGCUGGGCUGUAGAGACUGAGUCCCAGGUCCCUUUGGUCGGGCUGCUCUCCACUAUGUUUGUCCACUCAUCAGUCAGUUUAGGGGGGUCCAGCUGCUGGCACAGUCCUUACCCUGCUGCUCCAACCAGUGUUAACAGCCCUGCAGAUUGGCGUUUCCCCCGAUCUUCAGUGCCUAACCAUGUCUCCCUACUGUCAGUUGUGAGAAUGUGUAUAGUUAUAUUAAUAUGUGUAGAUGGUGGUGGGAGGCACUGGUUUUUGACUUAAAUUAUUUGAAAAAAAAGAGCAUUUUUUAACCACUUUAGUUGUUAUUCUAAAUUUUUAUGAAUCUUUGUGGACAAGAAUUGGGAAUACCUCAUUUUUUUGUAAACUGUGACAGGUAUAACUUUAUUAAACAUUUUUACUAAAACUGUACAGUGUCCAGCAGUUAUUUCAACAUUUUAAAUAAUAAUAAAAAAAUUAAAAUAAAUAAAGUUAUUGAGAGACGAAAAGAACCAGUAAUAAACAAAAGAAAACCAUAAAGGAUCCAGAUAAUAUAAUGGGUAAGCUGUGCAUACAGCUAACUGCACAGACUGAAAUAUAUGCAAGCCCUCACACAGGUGAACGUUAAACUAUGCAUGUAGCUAACUGCAGAGACAUAAGCCCUCACAAAGGUAAACAAAUCGCUUUUAUGCUUGAAAGGUUCCUAUGGCAGCUAAAAACAUCCAAAUCCUGGAGCAUUCUGGAUUCCAAACUCCAUGUUUGUCUUAAAGACUCUGUAAGUAUCCAAUAGCGGCAGCUUCAGAGUGUUUGUGCAGGUGCACGCCAUUGGAAAAGGAGAAUCGAUUAAAAACUCUAUACUUGGAGAGGGUGUCAUUCCAGCUGGUGGAAGCGCUGCUAAGCCACUGGCAAACAUAAGCACAUCUUCGAGGGACACUGCUGCCACUUUUU